ACUGGUUUUUUUAAUGAUAAAACCCAAAGUUGCCAAUGUAUUGUAUCUCUUUCGUGCUCUUCUCGUUAAUGAAGCGUAAACAUUCACCAUCCGACAAUAGCACAGGAGAACCAUCCUCCGUAAAAAAGCGCUUGGACAAGAGAAAGGGUAGACAAGGGCAACUAGAUGAGCAGCUGCUUCGUUUUUCCUGCAAAGAUGUUGACAUAAACAUUACUUCUCCUACCAUGCCUAUUGAUAACAGUUUUCGUGAUAUAAUUCUUAAUGCAAUGAACAACUAUACGCAUAGUUUCAAUGAAAGUAUUAAGAGCACUGUCAAGUUUCUGAAGAAACAUAAAAUACAUGUGGUUCGUAAAAAAAUGGACGAAAAUAUCGACAUAAUGAUGGUUACUUCACCCAUACAAUACUUGGUUGGGGUUCUUAAUGGAAAAUUGGAGAAUAAUUUUGUGUUGCAUUCAGAUAGGCAUCCAAAUCUCACUGCUAUUCCAAAAGACAUGCUAUUGCUUUACGCUUUUAGUCAAGUCUAUGGGUAUACAAUCUACUGCUUUUCAAGUAGGUCCAAACCAGCAAUAAUUCAUCCCAACAACAAGCACCGUCAAGACCGCUCUUUACCGUACCUUGGUGUGUUAAAAUCAAUUAAUUCGUAUACUGGUACUGUUGAAUGGUUUGGAUUGGAACUCAAAAACAGACCCAAAGAUAUGUCAGGUGAUACCACCCCCACCAGUGAAAUUCUCAAGAAUAUUGUAGCUAAAAAACGAGCCACAGACGAGAAAAAACCUAGAGCAAAGAGACAAAGUGUCUCCUCUGUUAUAGAUGAUGAAAUAAUAAGGCUGCUUGUUGAAGAAACGAACACAUUAUAUCAAAAGAAAUGGUCCAAGUUCAAAAUUGACAAGCACAAAACCUUAUCUGAAAAUAUACAAAAAUUUUCGUCAACUUUAUCAACGAAACAGUUUCCAACAGGCUCUGCUGGUAUUGUAAAAACAAAGAUUGAGCAGUUGAUCAGGCAAAAUCACUUUCCGACCGUUAAGCUUGAAGAUAUACCAACGUCAGCAUUGUGGGUGCAACAAAAAAUCAAUCGACUCAAACAAAAUGGCAAAAUCAGCAUCGAUAAAUGUAUCAGUGACUUUAUUAUGGGUUUAAACUUAGAAUCAUCAAUACAAGAUAGUGCGUCUGAGGAUACAGAUACGGCAAUCGAUGAAAAUGAAGACCAAGAUGUAGAAGAUAAUGCUUAUAGAACAGUCAAUAGAAGCCUAAAACGAGUAAUUAAUAAAGACUUGGACUAUAGCAUCUUUUUGAAAAAGCUCGAAGAUCUGCAAGAGAUCUGUGAUAAAUGCUGUUCGGGCCUUUCGAAAGCAACGGAGAUUUUGGUUGACGGUAUUACAUCAGGUGAUAUUCUUCCUUCUAGAGAGCGCACCUUUUUUGAUUUUCAAUUCAUUGAUUUGCCCUCACUCGAAAUUGAAACUGGCCAAGAGAAAAUCGCGAUUAUAGAUGACAGUGAUGAAACAUUUUUAAAGCAAAGUGAUAUAUUUACGUUUAAAGGCUUUUGGAAAUUGCUUUCCAGUUCAGUAGGUAGAAAAAAACCACACGAGUAUAAACACCCGGUGAUUGACUACGUAUCAAGAAAAAUAUCAAGCGAAAACUAUUGUGACUUUACAACCACACCAACUUUAGUUUCUGCGUGUAAACAGUUCUUUACCAAUUUUUCAAACAUGUGGACCUAUCAAAGAUUUGUUUCUGAUUUGAGAGUCACACUUACCCUUAUUUUACGCUUGCAUCUUUGUCCGAAGAAAUCCCAUCGUCUGAACCAUCCACAUGCAUCAAAGAAGCAGAAACAAAAUUCACAAAAAUCCCUCAAAACAGUUAAAAAGCGACACCAAAAAAGGGUCAUGAUAGAUUUGUUUGACGCGAUUGCAAAAUAUAACGCAGGAAAGCUGAACAAAAUACAUGUUGUGGAGAAAUUUAUCGACGGUGUUUUCAAUUCUUGUGAGAGGGGCCGUUCAGAUUUGGAACCACCUGUAAAUAAAGAUGAUAAUUCCAACGAAUUUGAAGAAGACGCCGAAGAUUUUAAUGAGAAUGACGAAGAUUUAGUAAUAAUUGAUAAUGUUACUGAGUUAGAUACCAAUGAUAACGAUGUCAAAGACCUGUCAGCCAAAGAGAUUAAAGCUUUGUGUGCAGUAUGCACAAUGUUGAUUACGUCCCCUUCCAUCGAAGGAAAUGUAGACGCAGCCUAUAUCAAAAAGCAACUUUAUUACGAUAAGCAAGAAUCUAUACCCGCCCAUGCAUUAGACACUUCUGCUAGAAUAGUCAACGAGUUACGACUAAUAAGUUGUAAAAAAGAUGAGAAAAACGCUUUCAGAUUUUUUCAGAUGCGCAAAAUCAGAAACUCGUUGGUCAAGUUUAUUGGUCCGACAGGUACAAGAUUUAAGGAAAACCGAAUGUUUCCAAAAAAGAUCGAAGAAAAGCAAAAAAUGUCUAUUAAUGUUGAUACCAGGACUUUAUAUCUUUUAUUUGCUAAAGAGUACAACAUUUUCAAGCUCGAUGGUGUAAAUAUGUUUACGAGUUCGGCAACAAUCAAAUCCAUAGAGGACAAGAAGGCGGUUUUUUCAAACUUUUUCAAUUUAAACAUGAUUGAAAGAAUUAUCCAGGAACAAAAACUAACCCCAAUCACUGUGAAACUUUUUAUCGGUCCAAUUUUUUAAAAAAAAUGAAAAAGUUAGACCGGCGGUAACGGUCCAAAAAUUGGACCGAUUUUAUAAAAAAUCGGUCGCAU